GGUAAAAGUGAUAUAACACAGGGGCCAAAAUUGUAAUUUACUCUAUUUUUAAACCAUUUAAAAUGUGUGUAUAAUAUUGAAAAGUUAUUGAGCCGGAAACCCCAAAAUAGUGAAGAGUAGCUCCAAGGCGACGGCAUAAUCUUCGAUUCCGGUGAAGGAUAAUUUUCUUGAUUCCAUAUGGCGUUUGCAAACUUUCACGGACUUCAAUCUCUGCGAAUUUCUUCAUGGGAAUGCAUCUUCAACCCCGUCAGUGGGUCCACUCGAAGUAAUACAUCCAACAAUAGAUGUUCUUCUAUCAAAGCUUGCAUUAAGAAACCAGAUCACGAUAUUCAUCUUGAAUCUAAGAUAAACUCAGUAUUGGAGAGUGUGAAAUGGGAUGAAAAGGGUUUGGCUGUGGCUAUAGCUCAAAACGUCGACUCGGGAGCAAUACUUAUGCAAGGAUUUGCCAACAGGGAUGCCCUUGCAACGACAAUCACUUCCAAAAAAGCAACUUUUUAUAGUAGAUCAAGAUCGACGUUGUGGACAAAAGGCGAAACCUCUCUUAACUUCAUCAAUGUUCAUGAUAUUUUCCUCGAUUGUGAUCGUGAUUCUAUUAUAUACCUCGGAAAACCUGAUGGUCCUACUUGUCACACUGGAUCCGAGACAUGCUAUUACACUUCUAUAUUUGAUUCUCUAAAUAAGCCAGAGGUUGAAGAAAAUAAUCUUGCGUUGACCACAUUGUACUCGCUGGAAUCCACACUUGCCAAAAGAAAUGAAGAAUUGUCAGCACCCGAACAAGGCAAACCAUCAUGGACAAAACGUUUAUUGCUCGAUGACAAGUUAUUGUGCUCAAAGAUCCGUGAAGAAGCAGAUGAGUUUUGCAGAACACUUGAAGAGAGUGAAGACGAAUCAAGAACUUUAUCGGAAAUGGCAGACGUGUUGUAUCAUGAAAUGGUUUUAUUGAUCCGCAGAGGAUUAAAGUUUGAAGAUGUUCUCGAGGUUCUUAGAUGCAGAUUUACUCAAUCAGGUAUUGAGGAAAAAAAUAGCCGCAAGGCGAAAAGCAUCAAGUGAAUAUUGCUGUUUUGAUCGCGUAUUUGGAAGUUGAUUGAUUAAACUUGUGUUCCAUUGAACAAUCUUUGUUUUGUAGUUGUGUUUUAAUGAUAUUUUGUAUCAAUGAAUCUUCAGUUAUGUGACAGUUAUUUUGGAAAAAUUAAAAGCAGGUGAAUUUUGAUAAUA